GUGGUGGCUAAAAGGCUCAGGCCAGCUUGAGAAGUCUGCAGCUAUAUUGGGAGCCAUACCCCACCACCCACUGCCCAGGGAACAGGGGCAAAGUGUCAGGUUCAGCGGUCAUGGCGAGGGCAGGACACCCCUGGAAAUGGGCAAUGGCUACCCUGAUCGCAACCCUGGUUCUGGGGGUCUCAGAGCUAGCUCUUGCUGAUGAUGUUGCCUCUUGUGACAACUCCUCUGGCACCAAACCCUCUGGAACCAACAGAGACCUCAACACAGAUUCCAACUCAGGGGAGGACACCCGUUCAGACAGCAGCUCUCGGAUUGUGAAUGGGUCAGAUUGCCCAAAGGACACACAGCCAUGGCAAGGUGCCCUGCUUCUGGGGCCCAACAAGCUGUACUGUGGGGCCGUUCUGAUCAACCCACAGUGGCUGCUCACAGCAGCGCACUGCAGAAAGCCAGUGUUCAGAAUCCGUCUGGGCCACCACUCCAUGUCACCUGUCUACGAGUCUGGGCAGCAGAUGUUCCAGGGAAUCAAAUCCAUCCCCCACCCAGGUUACUCCCACCCUGGCCACUCCAAUGACCUCAUGCUCAUCAAAAUGAACAGAAAAAUCCGUGCCUCUCACUCAGUGAAGCCUGUCGAAAUUACUUCUGACUGUCCCAAAGAAGGGACCAGGUGCAUGGUAUCUGGAUGGGGGACAACAAGCAGCAGCCACAAUAACUUUCCCAAAGUCCUUCAAUGCCUGGAUAUUACUGUGCUCAGCGAGGAGAGGUGUAAAAACUCCUACCCGGGACAGAUAGACAAGACCAUGUUCUGUGCUGGUGAUGAAGCGGGCAGGGACUCCUGCCAGGGUGAUUCCGGAGGACCUGUGAUCUGCAAUGGCAAGCUACAGGGCCUUGUGUCCUGGGGUGAUUUCCCCUGUGCUCAGCCCAACAGACCAGGUGUCUACACCAACCUGUGUGAGUUCGUUCCUUGGAUUAAGGACACCAUUCACUCCAACUAAUGAGCCAAUACCAGGAACCAUGGAGCCAGUGCCACCCAGCUGCAGUGAGGAGCACCGUCCCUCUGUCCCUCUUUGAGAAUGCUGAAGCUAAUGUCAGUCUCUCCAGACCUUGCUCUGCCUCUCCUGGCACCAAGAUCACCAUCCCCCAAGGUGGACUGGCCCUGUUUCUGUAGCCAGACCCUAGGAACACUUCCUGAAAUGACUAGAUUGGGUUCAAACCCAUCACUAGCUAUGGACCCAUCCACAAACCCCGAGUUGAGCCUUUUCCUCAGCCGUAAACCAGAUUUAGACCCUGAAAUAAAAAAAAAAAAAAAAAAAAAAAAAAAAACAUGGGAAGAACCCCUUUGCUAUUUCUCCUUCUGUGCCAUGCAGUUGUGGACAAGUAGGGAUCGUAGUUAUUUUUCUAUCAUUUAACAAGACAACAACGCCAUGACCAAAAUAACAUAUAGAAGAAAGCGUUUCUAUGGGCUUACAGUUCAAAGGGUCAGAGAACCAUGACCAUUAUGGGGAGGAGCAUGGUGGCAGUCAGGUAGGCAUGGUGCUGUGAGUAGUAGCUCAGAGCUUAAAUACUGAAACAGAUCCACAAGACAGAGAGAACGUUAACUCAGUAUGGCACUGGCAUUUGAAACCUCAAAGUCCACUCCCAGAGACACACCUUACCCAACAAAGUCAUACUCCCUAAUGCUCUCCAAACAUUUCUACCAACUGAGAACCAAGCAUUCAAAUACAUGAACCUACAAGACCAAUCUCAGUCAAACACCACAGUGGCUGCUCCUUGCCCCCAGGGGGUCUUUAGAUGACUUUACGUUUUCUUCACAAACAGUAACUAUCUUACUAUUAAGAUGCUGUGGUAGACUUUGAUUGGCUAUGUUAAUUAGGUGAGUCAACGGAUCUUUUGAUUGCUAGAUUUUAAUACUUUGCAGUCAGCCUCCAGAGGAGGAAGUGACCAAAUAAGGGACUAGACCUUGAUGGCUAGCUUUAGGACUGUCAUCUAACAGUUUAGCAAGAAAAUGGGGGGGGAGGGGGGAGGCAAAGCCUGCCAGAACCUUGCUAGCCACACUCAAGCUGUCCCAACCCAGAGGCAAGAGGACUUAAACCUCUAUAACUCCAAACCUAAAUAAACCUUUUUUCCCUUUAA